GGACAUUUGCGUGUGUAAGCCGACACAAAGUGCAUUGAUUGAGACAUGUCCCGUCAGCAUCGAUCCAGCUUAAGGGCAGACAGACCUAUCACGCACUCACACCCAACGGACGCACAUACGCCCUCCCUGCCUGCCUUGCUGCCUACACCCAAGCGGACACCAACCGAUAGAUGGACACAUGCAUGUGUGUGCACACCCACCCCCGUCCAUCCGUCCAUGUGUCAUCGGUCGGCCGGUCGUGGACUACAAGGCCACCGAGCGACCGACCCGUCGUUGUCACUGACUGCAUUGUCAGAACACAACCCUCAGCACCCAGCCAACACACCAACACACGAAAAACUCACUCAUCCAUCUGUCCAUCCAUCCAUCCAUCCAUCUGCCUUCGUUGCCCUGAAAAAGGCAUUCACUUGUUCUCCCCUAUCUCCCCACGACCACCCGCAUGUGUUUAUCAUGCCUCCCAUCAGUCGGCCGCCUUCGUCGCCAGGUUUGCCGCUCGCACUCACUCACAGUCGCCUGUGCAUCGACGAACAGGUCUGCCCACAGCGGGUCGGGCAGCGCCGUCAGCCCACGGCCGUCAGGUGGCACCCAGUGGGGCUGCUGGCCCCCAAUGAACAGUCGUCUCUUGCCCGGCUCCACCACCUGUUCGGCUGCAUAUGGGUUGGCCGCCUUGGCUUCUUGCUCGAGCACGACUGAGUGGAGGGCCGGGGCGAGAGACAGCCGGACGGUCGCCGUCUGAUUGGGGCUCAAAUGGACCUGACACGCAUAAGGAAAUAACAAAUGUGUGUGGGCAUGUGCUGUCAUCUGCACUUCUCCCUCCGCCUCUCACGCACUCACCCUUUUGAAGUCGGCGAGUCGGAUGUUUGGCCUUGGUGUGUUGGUUGGGCUGUCUGUCUGCUCGACAUAGAGCUGCACAACCUCGUCGCCUUCCCUCCGGCCGACAUUCCUCACGUCAACCGUCACGCCGAUUUGCUCACAGGGGGCGUAGGUGGUCUUGUUGAGGCGCAUGUUGGUGUAGGCGAAGGCCGUGUAGGAGAGGCCGUAGCCAAAGGGGAUGGUGGGCGUGCCGUGGGUGUAGUAUCGGUAUGUGAUGCCAUAGGUGGGGACGGAGGGCGCCUCUGGCCGGUCGUAGGAGGAAGGGUAGAAGCUCAUGCGGCCCAUUGGCGGCAAGGACGUCGUGUUCUCAUACCUAUGGUCCGUCAACACACAGACACACAAAUAUGCAACACAUAUAGGUGAGUGAAACUCGUUGCACUUGUCUCGUUUUCUCACCAAGUGACAGAUGCCCGCCCAGCCGGGCUGGUGCUAUUGAAACCGAACAGAGUGUAGGCCACAGCCAAUCCACCAGCCUGACCCGGCAGCCACGCAUCCAACACGGCAUCGGCACUCCCCAACACGGGCGAGAGGGUGAAUGUGCCCCCAUGCACCAAGACAGCCACGAUAGGAAUCCCGGUGCCCUUUGUGGCGGUCACCACCUCAUCGAGCAGAGCGUACUGAUUGCGCGGCAGCUCGUAGCUGGACCUGUCGUGCCCCUCUCGCUCGAGGGUCUCGUCCAGGCCCAGAGUGAGCACCACCACACUGCUGCCUUUCACCGCAUCGCGCACCCUGUCGAACUGAGAUGUGUCCAGGCACUUGACGUUGAGACACCCCAACACGGUCGCGACCUUGCCCCGGCCCAGCGAGCGCUCCAGGCCUUCAUGGAUUGAUACCAGGCCGCGUUUUGGCGUGGUGGUGUAGCCGCCACACAGGCACCUCCCACACUCAGCAAAUGGCCCGAUCAACGCCAGUUUCUCGAUCUUGGAGAAGUGGAGGGGCAGCACGGACUGGUGGUUCUUGUAGAGAGACAUUGCCGACAAAGCGGCCUCAAAGGCCAGCUGUAUUGACGGGUUCCAGAAGAGCGGGUCCAUAUGCGGGUGGUGCGGGGGGAAGUCGUCAUGUGGAGGGAGGGGGGGAGGGGGGGAUGGCGACCAGGGGAUGUGCGGACCCAGGGGAGGGAUUUGCGAGUUCCACGACACCCAGGAGGGCGGGUCCAGCAUGCCCAAACGCAGUCGGACGCGCAUCACACGACGCAACGCUUCGUCCACUUGACUGAUGUUCAGACGACCUGCGAAUACAGAAAGAGGACACAGACGCCGAUAUAGUGGGCGGUUGUUGUUUGGUGUCGUGUGUCUGGCUGACUGACCUUCUUCGACGAGCAAAGGUAUGUGUCUGAUGACUUGCAUGCCCCCGCCCUCCUGAUCCAUCCCUGCCUCCAGACCAAACACGGCAGCCGUCGCCCUGUCGGGUGCAUAGUUCCAGGUGUCCUUCAGAUUCCUCCACGCGUCAUAGUCACUGUCAUGCACACCAUAUCACACACACAGAAGGGUGAAUGUGCAAGCAGGUGAGCGAUUCUGUGUGUGUGUGUGUGUGUGUUACGUACCUGACGACGAAUCCAUCAAAGCCCCACUUGUCCCUUAGCAGGCCGUUGAGGAGCCGUGGCUCGGCACACGUGGGGAUGUUGUUGAUGGCGUUGUACGAGCACAUGACGUGCAUGGCCUUGGCCUCCUUGACACACGCAUGAAAGGCGGGCAGGUAGCUCUCAGCCAUGUCACGGCCGUCUACACGAGCGUUGAAUAUCGUGCGAUCGCGGGGGAUCGUCUCUGCAAAGAAGGAGAUGCAAUGCGAAUCAUCUGCGCAUGCAUCUUCCAUUGGCACCCACCCACUCACCGAUGUCAUAUGCAGCGAAAUGCUUGCAGCAAGCGGCUGUGAGGGGAUAGGAUCUGCCCGAGGGGUUGCGGGCUGAUGGCGACUGCACGCCCUUGACGUAUGCAAUGGUCAGCUGCGAUGUCAGCAGUGGGUCCUCGCUGUACACCUCGUCGGCACGGCCCCACCUACAUGCAGCCACACAGACACACAGACGGCACGGCUGGCGUUUGGUCUCCGUUGGUGUGUGUGGUCAUUCAUGAGACCGACCUUGGGUCUCGGACGAGGUUGAUGUUUGGCGAGUAGAUGGUGAUGCCGCGGCCGUUCUGCUUCUUGCCACGGUCGCCCCGCCACGUGUAGUAGUUGUAUGUGCCCCUCGCCUCCAUGGCCAUCCGACGCGCCACCCCGUGCACCAGCUCCCGGUCCCACGACGCGCCCAAUGCGUUGCCAUUUGGGAACGUUGUCGCCUCCUGCACACACAGGCAGCCAUGAAAACGAGAGUGAAUCCGAUGCGGUGUGCGUGUGUGGCGAUCGACGUGUUGCUCACCUCUGUCCUGACCCCAUGCACGUCAUCAUUCAGCCAUGCGUACGAGGGCAAUGACAGGCGUGCGAUCUCUGUCGCCUCGUUGGCGAGCUGGUAGGCCUUCUCGGUCACCGUUGCCACCCUCAGGAAGGCCGUGAUGCGCCCCUCGUCACUCAGCGACCAAUCGAACAGCGUCCCAUUGACAGCUGCUUUGCAAGUCCGCAAGUAAUCGCUCGGCGAGGACGCGCACACCUUCCGCCCGCCCGGGCACGCGUAGUGCUUGGCUGGACACUGCUUACAGGACAGACAAACUGUUGCCUUUGUCUGCUACUGGUGUUCUGUGGUCUGAGGGAGCAAUCGUACCAGAUCACAGUCGAGCUUUGAGAGCACGCAGCUGCCGAUGCGGCCCUCUGCACAUCUCUCAAAAGGCGGCAGGCAGUCGAGGUGUGUGAGAGGGUGCGGCGAAGGCGUAAGGAACCACAGGAGGGCACAAGCGGCAAGGAUGACGCCGACCAGUGUCAGCAGCACUCCUACACACACAAAGACGCAUCCGUCCAUCCAUCUCCGUGUGUGUUUCUUUCUUGAUUCCGUGUUACCCAGGGCGGACAUCUUGAGGCCGCAGCAGAUGAUCUCCGCCAGCUGAAAAUCAGAUGUGUGCUCUCAGACUAGAGUGCACAAGUGUAGAUCUCUGCCUGCGGCGGCCUGCCUUGCUUCGUU